ACAAAAGAAAGCCUACCGCAAAUAACCUAAACGACCUGUCAUGGCCUCAUCUCAAAAACAACUCUCAAUGUUGUUCCUCGCUUAUGUCCUCCUCCUGCUUACGCAGGAAAUGCCUUUUCUUGCUUCAUCUCGAAGCUCUUCUCUAGUGGCCCUUGCUAGUGCUACUAAUCAAACGAGAUAUGAGGAAGUGGAGGCACUCCUAACAUGGAAGUCUAAGCUAGACAGCGGGAGCCGCUUUACUUUGUCUUCGUGGAAUGGAACCAACCCUUGUUCAUGGCGCGGAAUCAAUUGUGAUUCUCUCGGAAGCGUCGCAAGCUUGAACCUUUCAAAUUCUACCAUACAUGGUACGCUUCAUUAUCUCAAUUUCUCUCAAUUGCCCAACUUGAUCGCUCUUACACUUGCCAACAACUCAUUCUUUGGGAAAAUCCCUUUGAGCAUGGCUAAUCUUGCCAAGAUUACUUAUUUGGACUUGUCUCAAAAUAACCUUUCCGGAAAUAUUCCGACUCAACUUGGGUCACUGCGAUCUUUACGAGAUCUCAAUCUUUCGAAUAAUGAUUUGGCUGGUCCGAUUCCUAAUGAGAUAUUUAGCUUGAGCAACUUAACCUAUCUAUAUCUUUCGGAUAAUAAGCUUGCUGGUUUCAUUCCUAAAGAAAUAGGAAGGCUCAAGUCUCUCGCUUAUCUCCACAUAGCGAACAACAGAAUCACCGGUCCAAUUCCUUCUUCCAUUGGAAACAUGAGCAACAUGGAAGAGAUAUGGCUUUUCAAUAAUCAAUUGGCUGGGUACAUUCCAAAGGAAAUAGGAAUGUUGGGGUCUCUAAUUCAACUUGAUUUAUCAGCCAAUUAUCUCAAUGGAUCCAUCCCUACAACUUUGGGGAAUCUUAGUAAAAUGAAAUAUCUAUACCUCUACGACAAUCAACUUUCAGGCCCCAUACCUUCAGAAGUUGGAGGAAUGAGAUUCCUCAUACAUUUCGAACUGCUAAGGAAUGAUUUAACAGGUCCUAUCCCUAAAGAACUAGGAAUGCUCGGAUCUCUCUCAUAUCUUUUCCUCCAAGACAAUCAACUUUCAGGUCCUAUCCCAUCAACGAUAGGGAAUUUGAGCAAUCUGAAUAUCCUUGACUUUUACCAAAAUGAGUUGUUUGGUCCUAUUCCUAAAGAACUAGGAAUGCUCAGAUCUCUCUCAGAACUCGUGCUUAUAGGUAACAGUCUCUCUGGCUCGAUUCCAUCCAUUAUAGGUAACUUAAGCAAGCUCAUAAGCCUGCAGCUGGGCGAUAACAAGUUCGUCGGCCAAUUGCCACAAGACAUUUGCAGUGGUCAAGUUCUUGAAUUUUUUUCCGCCAAUAACAAUCACUUCACUGGUCCAAUUCCGCGAGGCCUCAAAAACUGCACGAAUUUGUAUAGAGUUAGGCUCCAAAAUAACCAUCUCGAGGGAAAUAUAUCUGAUGGUCUCGGGACAUAUCCUUACUUAGAUUAUCUUGAGUUGAGCAACAAUAAACUUUACGGUGAGCUACCACCUAGACUGGGUGAAUAUAGCAAUUUGACCAGCUUGAAAAUCUCCAACACUCGAAUCUCAGGCGUGAUACCCUUUGAGGUUGGAAACAUGAGCCGAUUACAUAUACUUGACCUCUCUUCAAAUAGUCUUGUUGGGGAAAUUCCAAAAGAUCUAGGAAAAUUGAAGUCACUUCUAGAGCUUUCCCUCUGUGACAAUCAACUUGUAGGCUACAUACCUCGAGAACUAGGAACAUCGUCCGAUUUGUCAAGAAUUGAUGUUGCCGGAAAUAACUUAACCGGCUCAAUUCCUAAACAAUUUGGGGAUUGUUCGAAGCUUUGUUUUUAA